GUCGAUGUGAUUUAUACGCAGUGCAGUGAAGUUUUUCAAGUGUUAAUUUCUCGGUAAAAAAUAAAUUUUCAUUCGCGGAAAUAUCGUUAAACGAUAACGCGUUAGGGUUGAAAUUGCUGAGCGCUAGCGCUACGCAGUUAGAAGUGUUUGGUGUCACCGUGUGAUGAGUGGUGAUACAGCCGUAAGUACCGCGUUGCCCGUAAGUUGCAUGAACCUGCAAGACAAGUCCAUCAACAAUUCUCCGCCGAACGGAUUUUCCGGAAACAAUCCGUACGGGAUGGCAUACCAACAGUAUGCGCAGUACUGCAAUGCAUACUACCAGCAGUUGCAGUUCAAUUCCGGGGGGUCAAUUCCUACCAAUGUUCCGCCUCCGCCGCUUUCGACAGCAGGAGCGGGUGCCGGCGGCUCUCCCGGUGGUAACGCUCCACCAGGCUUUACCAGUGCAUCGAUGUCAGCAGUCGCGAAUGCCGGAGAUGGCCAAUCCGAAUCAUCGUCGCCGUCGUCAGGUAGUUUAAUGAACAAGUCAUCAUUUUUUAGCUCUCCACAUCAACAGCAGCAGCAGGAAGGAAACAUGCCGGGAUUCAAACAAGCGCCGAGUCAGUUCGGACCGAUUCGUUUCAAUAUCAACAAACAGCCGCAAAGAGUGAGCCCACUGGUUCAAAGCAAUCCGUUGACAAAUGGAAUCCCGCAACAGCAGCAGCAGCAACCACAACCACAACCACAACAACAUCCGAAUCAACAGUCGUUCAAUCAGAAUAACCCGAAUAACCAGAUGAGCAAGCGGAAGAAGAAGAAGAACAAGAACAAUAUGAAUAACAACAUGGCAAAUCAGGCUCAGAACAAGCAGAUGUUCAACAAUGGAGGUAUUCCGCCAUUGAUGCCGCCGAGUGGAGGUGCAAGCUUUCCUCCACCGGUGCAGGUGCCUGAUUUGAGUAAGCCUCCGCCACCAAUUCCCGCCCAGCCGGGUAUUGGAGGAACCAUCAGUACCAUCAUUCCCCCACCGCCAGUUUCGAAGAAGCCUGAUCCCUUCAACAACCCAACCGACGCUUGGCCGGAAAGCUUGAACAACUUUGUCGCGCGCUGUUAUGCCAAAUGCAAGACAGAUUUCGAUAAAGAUCAGAUCGAUAUUUGCCUUAAAGGGCGUAUCACAGCUGCAGCGAACAAGGGUGAACUGUGGACAAAAGACUGGGACAACGAACCGGUGCCAAGUGUGCACAGCGAACGUGCCCUGUUGAAUAUGAAUAACAAGUCCAAACAGUCGGGAAUCGUCGGAAGCAUCAGUCAGUAUCAGAACAACAAUAGCAACAACAACAACAACAAUAACCGUAGAAGUAGCAGUCCGUCCAAUGGAUUCGGCCGAACUAGUCAAAACUUUGCGCAGAGGAAGAGUAGUGGUGGCAUUGCAGCGGGAAUUUCCCAUUCGCUUGGGUCUCGCCUGGGAAACAAGUCCGGAUCGAAAAAGUCUCGUUCGUCUCGUUCGCAUUCCCGAUCUCCCUCAAGCCGUUACAGUCGAAGCCGACGUAGUCAUUCUUCCAGUUCGGAAUCGCGAUCUCCUCGCCGUAAGCGUCGCUCGUCCGACAGCAGUGAAGACAGUCGCAACUCCUCCGGAAAGUCGUUCAAGACCAAAAAUCAGAAACCAAAUCAGAAAAAUCACAAGUCCAACAACAGCAAUAAUAAAAAUCAAAAUCAGAAAAGAUCCGGAUUCUAUUCGGAGCAUGGUCAGAUUGGUGGCGCUGUAGAUGGUGAUCAGGAAGCGCUGAAGAAACGUGCAGCCCGGUUCAACAACUCCACCGCCAAGAAAAUCUCGCCUCCCAGCUUCGCUUCGUCGCCGAUCAAGAAACGUCUCCAGAUGCCCACGCCGUCCCGAUUGUUUAUCGAUGAUGCCGCCGGCGAUGGGGACGGCGGGCUGGAUCUGUUCGACCUGCACAUCGUGGGAACGUGUCGGGAUAUGGAAAAGAGCUUCCUGCGACUGACGAAAGCCCCCGCUCCAUCCGAAGUGCGACCCGUGGAAGUUUUACGCUAUUCGUUGCAGAACGUGAAGAACAAGUGGGUCGAUAAGCAGGAUUACUACUACGCAUGUGAUCAGCUGAAGUCCAUCCGACAGGAUUUGACGGUCCAGGGCAUCCGGGACGAGUUCACCGUGCAGGUCUAUGAAACGCACGCCCGCAUCGCCAUGGAGAAGGGUGAUCACGAGGAGUUCAACCAAUGUCAAACGCAGCUCAGGAUGCUGUACUCCGAGGUGGGAGGCGAGAAUAUAUUGGAGUUCAUCGCUUACCGGAUUCUGUACUACAUUUUCACCAAGAACACGCUCGAUCUGACCACCAUUCUGAAAGCCCUUACCGCGAAAGAACGGGAACAUGAAGUGAUAAUCUUUGCUCUCAAGCUACGUUCGGCCUGGGCCCUGGGCAAUUACAGCAGAUUCUUCAAUCUGUACCGUACAGCCCCACUGAUGGCCGGUUAUCUGAUUGAUUGGUUUAUCGAGCGUGAGCGCAAGUUCGCCUUAAAAAACAUUAUCAAAGCUUAUCGUCCCAAUUGUCCGGUGGACUAUGUCAGUCAAGCGUUGGCCUUUGAGAGUGUGGACAAAUGUUUCGACUGGUUAUCGACGUUCGAAUUGACCUUUGUUACCAAGCAAGAAAUGAUGGCCCCUGGCGUCUCGGAGGAUGGUGCUGCUGCUGCUGCUGCUGUCUCUAGGAGUGUUGUGACGAGAUUCAUCGACUGCAAAACCAGCAUGAAUGUGUUGACCAACUUCUAAGUCAAUCCUCCUUCCGUCAGCUGAACAAAAAACACACGAAGGAGCCUCCUUCGUAAUCCACGGGCGCGUCAUUGUCCUCCUCGUCGUUGACCUGGCUAUCCGCUCUCUCACUCGACUGACUGCCCUGUUUCGUUGAUCAGUUCGAUUCGUUUGCCAUUUUCGGAUUCGCUACACGGAGGAAGAAGCCUUUGCCAGGUCUGUGAAAGUACAACCAUUAGCUGACUGAGGAAGGGGACGGGAUUCGUUUUAGAAUUCCUCUCCGAGCAAGUGGAUUGGAUGCGCUGGGAUUGCUGAAGCUGAAGGAGGUGGUUGGCCAUCGAGGAAGAAGAUCGAAUGUGUUUAAGUGUUGCGUAAUUAUAAUUUAAUGAACUCUGUCGAUUUGCACGGAAAAGAAAUGAACUUUGAGGACGGCGACGGCGACGAAGUGCCCGUACGUUAAGCCUUGUGGGGAUCGUCAUCGGAGGAUCCGGAUACCUGGACGUAACGCGAGGGACGAGGAUGGAUCGAACGCUCGAGGAUUCACGGAAGAUCAAGAGCAGCCAAAGUCUGGAAGAUAUGGGCAACGGACUUGCAGGAAGCCCGGUGUAUUCACCACUAGUUCACCCGAACGAACCCGAAAGUCAAGGAUCUCGGGCUGCCUAACUAAGCAAUUGCCAGGCAUGAAUCGGAAUGGGGACAAAUUGGAUGCGAAGAUAGGAGCCAAAAUGAAACAAUUCCAUGUCAAUGCUACCUAUUCAAGCUACCUGAUAAACUGAUACAACGUCCAACAUCGAUGUCAGCUACUUAAUCGAGUUGGACCACUUUCGGGUACCCAUGGAUGUACGGGAUAUUCCUCCCGUUCCCGAGAAAUUGCUGCUCUAGGACCACUGGACGGAAACACUACCCUACUAAGAUCCUACCACAAGGCUAGCGGCUCUGUGCAGAACAUCGAUCGGAUCAUUGAUUAGCGCGACGCGUGUGUAUGUGGGAAAGAAUUUGUUCAAUGAUACUGAUACAGGAACUCUACCAAUUGCAUCAUCGCUCUUCCGAAGGAAACUUUGGGAGAGCGCCGUGCUUGUAAAUAUUGACCCCAUCGGUCUGCCAACUUAUCAUAAUCUCAAGUGUAGUGAAAAAAAAAACAACUUUAGCUUUAAUUUAGUGAGAAGAGGAUUCAACUGAACUUACCGAGUGCCUAGGUGUAAAUAUUUGAAAAAUGAACUGAUCUGCUAGGAACAAUUUUACUAGUGCUCGAAGAUGGGGUUUUCCGGUUGCAUUUUUGAUUUUACACGUGUCGAUGUCCCCCACAUUGGGUCGAUGGGCAUCCAAGGUGAUCGGGGAAGAAUUUGCAGGUCAAGCUGAGGCCCGUCAACAGAAGCUAGCACUGAACGAUCAACGCCUGAUCGAUGUGCACUCCUACUAAGGCAGUGGGUUAGGUUACUGAAAGAAACAUUCAUUUUCCUGAACAUCCCAAAUCAAUCCAUCCGUAAGCAGUGCAACAUCCCUUUCCUUACGAUCCCAUCUAAGCAACUCUGAACAAUCCUGUCUUCAGCCAAUCCCAUCCUACGUCGAUUCCCGUCCCAAUUUGAACCAUAACUUGUCAAGUCGAAAACACGAAAUGGGAAGCACCUGGACCGUGAACCACAAUGCUGCCAAGCAACUAGCGGCUGUGAGGAGGAACUGAAAGAAAAACCUGGACUCUAUUUCAAUCAGUUAUUUUUUUUUGUUUUGCUUUAGUUUGGUUUUUAUCAUCGUUUGUUUUUUUUUUCCGUUAACUAGUUGUAGUUGCAAAAUAUACGAUUUUUAAUUAAAGAACCUGCUAGAAUGCCAAUUCCUGCGUAGGCCAAUGAAAGUCAGAGCAUCUAUUAAUUUCGUUAAAGGAAGGUCACCCCGGCUCCCUUCGAGAAGUAGCAUUGGACCGUUCGAUCCGGAUGAGAUUAAAUAAAUAUUCGUCAUGAUUAAAA